AUGUUCCGUCCAACAUCUGUCGCCACACACAAGAUGAGACUCUCUUACUCCGAAGAGAGCCGCAACCUUAAGCCCACACCACGAAACAAUCACGGGUCUCUCCCAUCCUUCAAACAUUCCUUUGAUGAUUUGGCAGCCGCCAUGGUUGGAGACGCUGCUGCAAGCAAACAAAGUAUAGAAGAAAAGAUCCACUCACUGCAAGAUCUUCCUGUUGUUGACACACCAGCUUCGCUACCUGGAGACUGCAAUGUCAAAGACUACGUCUUGGAAAAUGUAACGCCAUACGAUGGUGAUGAUAGUUUCUUGGCCAAGGCCACGGAACGUACCUUGAAGAGCUGGGCACGUUGUGAAGAAUUGAUGGAACUGGAACGCCAAAAGGGAAUCCUUGAUGUUGAUACCAAGACUGUAUCUACCAUUGUCAGUCAUGGUCCAGGUUAUGUUCUUUCCAAGGAAGAGGAUGUAAUUGCUGGACUACAAACCGAUGCUCCAUUGAAGCGGUCUUGCAAACCCAAGGGUGGUUUCAGUGUUGUGAAAAAGGCAUUGGAGAGCUAUGGAUACAAGGCCGACCCUGCGAUGGCCAAGACAUACACACAGGACGUACAAACCCACAACGACAUGGUCUUUAGCAUGUACACAAAGGAAAUGAGAGCUGCAAGACACACGCACUUGUUGACUGGACUUCCCGAUGCUUAUGGAAGAGGUCGUAUCAUUGGUGACUAUCGCCGCCUCGCUCUGUAUGGUGUGGAUGAAUUGAUUCGCCGCAAAAAGUUGGACUACGAUGCAAUCAAGGGAUCUUCUGCUGACAAUCUGUUACUGCGAUCCGAGAUCUCGAAGCAAGUCAAGGGGCUCAAAGAGCUGGUUACAAUGUGCGACUCCUAUGGAGUCGACGUUCGUCAACCUGCCAAAACCUUUCGUGAGGCAGCUCAAUUUAUGUGGCUUGGACACAAUGCUGCUCUCAAGGAACAAGAUGGAGCUGCCAUGUCCGUCGGUAGAUGGGAUGCCUUCUUGGAUAUCUUUGCUGAGCGCGACUUGGCUGAUGGAACUGCGACUGAGGACGAUUUGCAAGAAGUCAUUGACGAUUUGGUGAUCAAGAUGAGACUGGUUCGACACUUGCGUCCUCCAGCCUACAAUGCUCUCUUUUCGGGAGACCCAACUUGGUUGACUUUGGCUCUUGGUGGCUGCAACGAACAAGGGAACAGUAUUGUUACCAAGACCACCUUCCGUUUCCUACACACCUUGACCAAUCUUGGAGCUUCACCAGAACCAAAUAUCACCGUUCUCUGGUCUUUGAAUCUUCCCGAUACAUUCAAGGACUACUGUGCACGAAUGUCCAUCAAUACCUCCUCGUUGCAAUACGAGAACGAUGAUAUGAUGCGAGCCAUCUUUGGAUGCGACUAUGGCAUUGCUUGCUGUGUCUCUGGAAUGCGUAUUGGUGUUGAUAUGCAGUUCUUUGGAGCUCGUACCAACAUGGUCAAGCUUCUAUUGAUGUGCUUGAAUGGUGGAAGAGAUGAACUUCAUGGUGACAAGAUGUGUCCUGCUCUAGAAGAAGAGUGCAAGAAGCUUGGAAUCGGAGCUGGUGAUGAGGAUCGCCCAAUCAACUUCGAAGAUAUUGAGCGACUCUACUUUGAGAUUGCUAUUCCAUGGAUGGCCGAGUUGUAUGCUGAGACCAUGAACUGCAUUCACUACUCUCAUGACCGCACCUGUUACGAAAACGUUCAGAUGGCGCUUCACAACUCGAAUGUCAACCGUCUGAUGGCAUUCGGAUGUGCUGGUCUCAGUGUUGUCGCUGAUUCAUUGGCCGCAAUGAAGUAUGAUGAAAUCUACCCAAUUCGAGAUGAAGAUGGUCUGACUAUUGGGUUCCGUCGCGGGCACCCAAAUAGAGAGAUUCCUCAGUUUGGAAAUGAUGAUGAUCGCGUCGACUCCCUUGCUGUCAAGGUUUGCUCAAGACUACAUGAAGAACUUGACAAGCAGCCCCUCUACCGAGAUGCCAAGGCUACUUUGUCCAUCUUGACCAUCACUUCCAACCUUGUCUACGGAAAGGCAACUGGAGCUACUCCCGAUGGUCGUGUCCAGGGUGAAGCAUUUGCACCUGGUGGCAACCCAAUGCAUGGAAGAGACAAGAACGGAGCUCUCGCAUCUCUUGCUUCUGUUGCCAAGAUCCCAUACUCCAAGUGCAUGGACGGUAUCUCGAACACUUUCUGUCUCCUUCCGAAUGCUCUUGGCCGACGUGAGGCAACUCGCUCUGCCAACUUGGCAACAUUGAUGGAUGGAUACUUCGCCCACCGUGGCCAUCACAUCAACAUCAAUGUCUUGCGCCGAGAAGUCCUUCAAGACGCCCACUUGCAUCCAGAAAAGUAUCCCAACUUGACCAUUCGAGUCAGUGGAUAUGCAGUUCGCUUCAAUCGUCUCACACCCGAGCAACGUGAAGAAGUCAUGGCCCGAACCAUGCACUCUGCCACAACGGUGACAAUGGCCAAGAAGGAGGACGAUCACGAUCGUUAUGCCGCCGGUGAAGAUGAGGAAGUCAAGUUGGAUGAACUUGAAGGAAUUGAAGAAGGUGACGCCCAACUUGGAAGUGUCUACUCAUUGGAGACAUUCUCUACUACUGAUGGGCCCGGAAUCCGAACCAACAUCUUCUUGCAAGGUUGCCCGAAGAAGUGCCUGUUCUGCUGCAACCCUGAGACUCAAGCCCUGGCCAACCCCAAGAAGCAUCCCGAGUUUGCAAUGUCAUCUGCUGAGAUUGGAUCUCUUCUUGAAAAAUACCAAGAGUGGCUCAAGCCUCGUGGAGGUGGUGUCACAAUGAGUGGUGGAGAGGCCAUGCUGCAGCCCAUGUUUGUGGCUGAUGUCUUCCAAAGAGCCAGGAACCUUGGUAUCUCCACGUGCUUGGAUACCGCUUGCUAUGGAAACAAGCGUCGAUGGAACCAGAUCCUUCCAGUGACCGACAAUGUUCUUCUCUGUAUGAAGGGAAUGGACAACGAAAUCGCCGCCAAGGUUGCUCAAGCUCCAGCACAUGAGAUGGCCAAGAGCAAGGAAUUUGCAAGGUAUAUCCAUUCGGACUAUCCAAACAUCAAGAUCACACUUCGCUGGGUCAUUUUGAAGGGAAUGACAGACUCCGAAUCAGAGCUAAAGCUGCUUUCUGAAUUUGCCUUGGAACUCGGGGAUUCUCUGCAUGCCAUUGAACUCAUUCCUUACCACGAACUUGGAAAGGACAAGUAUGCAUCUCUCGACAUGGCUUAUCCCUUGGAAGAUAUGCCUGCCUACAAACAUGAAGAUGCCGUUGCUGUCCAGCAAACAUUGGAAGACGCUGGAGUCAGAGUCAUUCUCAGUUCCGUCUAA